AAUUCAUGCUUGCCAACAGUCACACAUCAAAUUCACUGCCAAACAUACUAUCACAGUCCACAUCUUCAACUGUCACUGUUGCUCACUGUGUCACAGUGGGACUGCGUUGACAACUGCCGACUGCUGAAACGAUUAGUCGAUUAAUCAACAAGACGACUGACGUACAAUUAAUGGCUUCGCUUGAGUCAUCUUUAAGCAAAAAUGUGAAUCAUUCUCUGGUUCCAGCGUCACGAAAUGUGAUGGAUGGGAAGCAGAUCCAGGUGAGCGACGAAGAGCCCAAAGUCCUGCGAGAAGAGCACCGGAGGAGGAGAAGAAAGAAGGCCAUCACCUCGUCCUCCUGCACCUCCAUGGAUCAGAUCACCAUUGAGUUCGUCCUGCCCACCAUGGGGCGGGGCGGAAACAGCCCCGACACUAUGGUGCUGGAGGUGGCUGGGAACUGGACGGUGGAACAGGUGAAAGCUCAGGUGUGGCUGAAGGCGGUGACUUCUAACCUCUGUCCUGACUUCUACCAGAGGUUUUCUCCGGACCACUGCAUCCUGCUCUACCAGAAGAAAGGCAACGUGUGUGAGAUCUACGACAAGCACCAGGUCUUCCAGACGCUGGACUGCAUUCGUUACUGGAGAGCCCUGAAGAAAGACGUGGGGCGGAUCCAGCUGGUUCCCCGUCCGCAGCCCUCAGACGAGUCCCAGCAGUACCAGCGCUAUCUCAACUCCCUGAUUGGCUACGACGUCACUGAUGUCAGCAACGUGCACGACGAUGAGCUGGAGUUCACCCGCAGGAAGCUGCUGACGCCACGUCGCAUCGAGCUGUCUGACCGCGACCCAAAACUCUACUCCAUGGACCCCUGGGUGACCCGCAAGCCGCUGCCUGAGCACCUGCUCAGCAAGGUCAGCAACAGUCACAUCCUGGUGGUGAUCCACAUCAGCACGGCCAGCCAGACCAUCAAGGUCUCCAUCGAUGACACGCCAGCACAGGUGUUGGCGAGCUUUUUCGCCAAGACGGCAAAUAAGAGAGUUUUGCUGGGCAUUCCUGACAACAUGUGUGAGACAGACUUUGUGCUACGUGUGUGUGGAAGGGAGGAGUACCUGUACGGGGAUAAACCGCUGCAGAACUUCAAUUGGAUCCGUCAGUGUCUGAAGAACGGGGAGGAAAUCCACCUGGUUUUGAAGACGCCACCUGAUCCCGACCUGGAUCUGGUCCAGAAGGAGGAUUGGGCACAAGUGGAUGACUGCACUGGAGUCGCAGGUACCCAUGAGCAGUUGACCAUCGAUGAGAAGGACCAUGAACGAGUGUUCACCAUCUCUAUGUGGGACUGUAACAGGAAGUUCAGAGUGAAGGUGCUGGGUAUUGACAUCCCAUCCCUCCCCAAAAUCCCGGAGUUUAUUGUUUUCAUAGAAGCCAGCAUCUUUCACGGCCAACAGCUUUUAGCCCAGGAGAGGACGUCUUCUAAAACCUUCAAUGAAGAAGUGCUGUGGAACUGCUGGUUGGAGUUUAACAUUAAGAUCAAGGACCUGCCUAAAGGAGCGCGCCUCAACCUCCAGGUGGUCUGCGGAAAGCAGCCUCUGACACCAAACUCCAAGGGAGGCUCAACCUACCAGGAUAAUACAGCAGGAACUGGCAGCCAUGAUGGAAAGACCAAGAGUCGUCUUCUGUACUACGUCAACCUGCUGCUGAUCGACCACCGCUCUCUGCUCCGCCAGGGCGAGUUCAUCCUCCACAUGUGGAAAAUGCCAGAGAAGAGCGAGGAGAGCAGCAGCAGCAUCAACGCAGACAAGCUCACCUCAGCCACCAACCCAGACAAGGCCUCUACCAUGGCCAUCGCCAUUUUACUGGACAAGUACUGCUACCCCGUGGUGCUGCCCAAGAGCCGUGACGUGGGCCGGGAAUUGGGGGCCGGGAGCGAGGAAGCCGAGGGAGGGGAGCGAGGCCAGAGGGAGAUGCCGAACCACCUGAAGAAACAGUUUGGAGCUAUCGUGGCUACAGACCCACUGCAUCCACUGAGUCCUGAGGACAAAGAGCUGCUGUGGCACUUCAGGCAUGAGUGUAUGCGUGACCCCAGGGCCUACCCAAAGCUUCUGGGUUCAGUCAGGUGGGGGAAACAGGAAGAUGUUUUGGCAACACACCGUCUGUUGGAGCGCAGCAGUGCAUGGGACAGCAGUGGUCUGGAUGUUGGUCUGGCCAUGCAGCUGCUGGACUGUCACUACUCAGACGCUCAGGUUCGCUCAAUGGCUGUCAGGAAGCUGGAGACUCUGGAGGAUGAUGAUGUGCUCAGAUACCUUCUGCAGCUUGUACAGGCAGUCAAGUUUGAGCCUUACCAUGACAGCGCCCUGGUCAGGUUCCUGCUGAAGAGAGCUCUGAGGAGUAAGCGUAUAGGUCAUUUUCUCUUCUGGUUCCUGCGCAGUGAGAUCGCCCAGUCCAUGCAUUACCAGCAGAGGUAUGCUGUCCUGCUGGAGGCCUACCUCAGAGGCUGCGGUGAAGACAUGCUGCAGGACUUCAGGAAACAGGUGGAGAUGACUGAUGCUCUGCAGAAAGUCACCCGUGAGACCAAGGCCAUGUCCGCUGACAAGUACGACAUCACUGCACAAGUUGUGUUUCAGUUGCGUCAGAAGCUGGAGACUCUGCAGUCGUCCGGUCUGCCAGAGAGUUUCAGAGUCCCUUAUGAUCCUGGACUAAGAGCUGGAGCCCUGCUGAUUGAGCAGUGCAAAGUGAUGGCAUCUAAGAAGAAGCCACUGUGGCUGCAGUUCAAAAGGGCCGACCCAACCACUCUGUCCAAAGACCCCAUCGGCAUCAUCUUCAAAGAUGGCGAUGACCUCAGACAGGAUAUGCUCAUCCUGCAGAUUCUGCUGAUCAUGGAGUCCAUCUGGGAGACAGAAUCCCUGGAUCUCUGCCUGUUACCGUACGGCUGCAUCUCCACUGGAAACAGAAUAGGCAUGAUUGAGAUCGUGAAGGACGCCACCACCAUUGCUAACAUCCAGCAGAGUGUUGUGGGAAGCACCGGAGCUUUUAAAGAUGAAAUCCUUUAUCAGUGGCUCCGGGACAAGUGUGUCAGCGAGGACAAGUUCCAGCAGGCUGUGGAGAGGUUUCUGUAUUCCUGUGGUGGCUACUGUGUGGCUACCUACGUCCUGGGUAUUGGGGAUCGCCACAAUGACAACAUCAUGAUCACUGAAUCUGGGAACCUCUUUCACAUCGACUUUGGUCACAUCCUGGGGAAUUAUAAGAGUUUCAUGGGAAUCAGCAAGGAGUGGGUUCCCUUCGUGCUCACGCCAGACUUCCUGUAUGUCAUGGGAACAUCAGGAAAGAAAAGUAGCCCCUACUUCCAGAAAUUCCAGGACGUGUGUGUGAAGGCUUACCUCGCCCUUCGGCACCACACCAACCUGCUCAUCAUCCUCUUCUCCAUGAUGCUGAUGACCGGCAUGCCCCAGCUGACGAGUAAGGAGGAUAUCGAGUACAUCCGUGAGGCGCUGACUGUCGGCCGCAGCGAAGACGAGGCACAGCGCCACCUGCUGGACCAGAUAGAGAUCUGCAGGGAAAAGGGCUGGAUGGUUCAGAUCAACUGGUUUGUUCACCUGGUGCUGGGGAUCAAGCAGGGUGUGGAGAAGCGGUCCACUUAGGACUAAAUUAGGAUUUCAAGUUUUUUCCUCUUAAGAGUUCUCCGUAAGGCGUUGCCACUUUUUAUUUGAUCUAAAUAAGAGUCUUACAAGAAGGUUCCAACAGAAAAGUCUACUACAAGACUGCGUAUGGUCUGCAAGAGUGACUGAAGAAGAGAAAAUGUGUAAGUGAAUAAAAAUCAUGAGGAUUUUAACCCGUGACACUGCUUGUAUGCAGACUUGGCACCAAGAUGCCCAAGUGCCAAAUUAAAUGUAAUUAAUUCUAUUCUAUGGUGAGGAGACUGAGUCAGUUCCACAGGAGUGACUGUUUCCAUUACAUAUCUUAGACCAAGUCAAACAUCCAUACCAAAUUCAAAAUAACAUGUAUAGCUAGUAGUAUAGUUUUUUUUCUUUUGCCUACAUCAACAUCACUAUGACAUUCGUAAGUCUUUGCCUGCUAACAGAGUUACCUCUCAUUUCCACAUAUUUUAAACUAUUUUUCUGUCUGCUUAACCACCUGAAACAGUUAAUAGAUUUUAGUUAAAUAAGAAACCUUUUGAAAAUAAUAACGCAACUUUGGGGAGUUUCCAUGUUUCCAUGAGUAAGGAACUGGAUCUCUACACCCUCUAUUUUCAUCCUUUGACAAAGUUAAACUACUUCCUGUUUCUGGUUGUCUCAUUCAAAGUCCUUUCCUGCUGAGGAAGCAUGUUUUUCUCACAUUUCACACUGAAGUAGUGCUGCACUGUCCCUCCGUUCCAAGAGGAGCUGUUAGAGUGAAGAUUAAAGGAUCAGUCUGUAAAAUAGUUAGCAAAAUGUUAACUAUUCAAAACAUUAGUUUUUACUGAAUAAUAUGCAAGGAAUUAUUGAAUUAGUUGGAUUCUCCUGGUCAGAGAUUGAAAAUAAUGUUAUAUUAAUGAAGUGUUCAAGGCGAGAGUUUUAUUAUUUAUAUGUUAAACAGCCUUUUUAUUUGCACUGAUCGUUAGAGAAUACUUCUCAGAUGGCUUGAAAAACUUGGUGCUUGUGAAAUUUAAAUUCCAAAAAUAUGUAUUAAAAGUCAAAUUUAAUUAUGCUAAUUUAUGCUGCACAUCUGUGGCAUUGGAAUGCUACAGUGGCCUGUUGGUGACAUUUAGCACAUGCUGGUCAGUGCUGUGGUCACUUCUUAUUGGAUGGUGGAAGAUGUAUUUUUUUGUCUACUGCCUAAUGAUUUGGAAUAUUUUUGAUAAAACAUCAUCUCAAACAGUGAGAAGUAAAAUGAUUCUGUACACCAUCUCUAUGUGAUCUUAUUAUACUGUGUUGUUGUGACAGGUCGUAUUUUCAAGCAAACACCCAUACAAACCAGCUUUGACUAAAAGCAACAAGUUCAUAGUUCACACAUCUCUCCCACGUUUGUGUUGAGAUGAAUGCUGACAAAUGUAUGAGACUGAGGCAAGUUAAGAGACAAGGUAAAACAAAAGCCAUAGUUAAAUAAAAUUUCAUGAGUACAAGUGACUUCCCAGUUGGAGUUAACAGCGACAAUAAGCAUCAGCAGUUUGAAAAUCACAAUUUUUUUUAGAGCUUCAAUAAAAACAUGUUGGAAAGAUCAUUUCUUUCAGAAAUAACAUUUUGUAAUAAAACCUUUUGUGACUGUAAAUGCUUUCAAUAACUGAUUCUGGAAAUUAAAUAACUGGAACAUGUUAACUUCUUUAAUGUAAUGUUAAUCAGACAAUUAAAGUUAUGUACUAUAAAUA